AUGACUUAUCUUAGUGAAAGUGAUAGUUGUUAUUUGGUUAAUGUGAUAGAUGGAGUUGUGGCAAGUCAGAAGCUAGUUGAAGAUUCUCUUGAGUUCAGUCUUACAAUCAAUGACGUAAUAGAAGAGGAUUGUGUGGAGGUAGUGAGUUAUUUGAAUUGGAUACAAUCAUAUGGACCAUUGAGAGAGAAUAGGUUUGAAGAACUUGGACAAGGGCCUGAGAGACCAUUACCGUCCAUUGAGAAACCACCUAUUUUAGAAUUGAAGGCUUUGCAGGAGCAUUUACGUUAUGCAUAUCUUGGAGAAAAGGAGACCCUUCCAGUUAUAGUCUCUUCAUAUCUCUCUAAGGUGGAGGUAGAAGAGUUAUUAAGAGUAUUAAGAGUUCACAAGACUGCUAUUGGAUGGACUUUAGCUGACAUAAGGGGAAUAAUCCCAUCGAUUGUGGUGCAUAGAAUUUUGAUGAAAGAUGAUGCUAAACUAACAAUUGAUGCUCAGAGAAGAUUAAAUCCAAUAAGAAGGAAGUGGUUGGCAGGCCAUAACUAUUAUUGUGUCUUAGAUGGGUAUUCAAGAUACCAUCAAAUUACUAUUGCACCUGAGGAUCAAGAGAAGACCACGUUUACAUGCCCGUAUGGUACUUUUGAGUUUAGAAGGAUGCCAUUUGGACUUUGUAAUGCAGCUGCAAUGUUCCAAAGGUGUAUGAUGGCUAUACUUUUUGACAUGGUAGAGAAGGGUAUUGAGAUCUUUAUGGAUGAUUUUUUCAGUUUAUGGUUCUUCUUUUGA